AUGAUUCAUGUUCAGAAUGACUUGCGAACAGUUUCUAAAACUAAAGGUCCUAAGAGAGCUUUUCUAGGAUGUCGAGAUUUUUGGCGCCCGGCUCGCUUCGGCGGUUUCCUUGAUAACAAAGGGAAGACCCACAUCGCCUUUCAUUCUAGCGAACGUGUGCUACUGGACUGCGUAACUCCAAUGGUGGCUAAUCUAUUCUACGUUUUAAUCGCGUUGUGUUUUGUAAUCGCGCUCACAUCGUCAUUGUCAUUUAUAAUGAAUCUUCUUCCACCGCCUAGCGGAUUUUUACAGUGGUUAAAGAGGAAUACAAUUUUCGAAAUGUGCAACAGUGAUGCUCCUAACGUUAUGCGUUUGUGUGGUAGCUCUCAUUGCUCAAUGCGAAGUAGCACGUGUCAGGCAGGAUUGCGAUGUUUCGCUUGGAGGUGGAGUAUUCAUGGUUUGUCUGGCUGGCAUGAUGUGCUUCUUCGCUGCAACGUCGACAUUACGCCAUUCGUAAUUUUGAUUUGCAGAACGAAAAUGAAUCGACUGCGUCGCAUUGACAAUCAGCGACUUCUGUGUGCAAGAUCUUUAAGAUCUUGGCGUGACUCCGCUCGUCGAUCCGAAGAUGUUCUACCGAUCGUUGAUUUUGAAAGGUCGUUAUUUCCUCUAUUUUCUAUCAAUUAUCUACUGUUUGGCGAUUUUGUUUCAGCCUUAAAUUAA